CACCACCCCUCUCCCUCCUCCUCCUCCUCACCUCCCUGCCCGUUCCCUGUCGCCGUCCCGGUCCCGGUCCCCGUCCAUGUCGCGGUCGGGGGGCGAUGGCACCGCCGCGCUGGAGCGGGCCGGGGCGGAGACGGUGAAGCGGGCGGUGGAGCUGGACGUGGCGUCGCGGUUCCAGGAGUCGCUGGUGUGUUACCAGGAGGGCAUCGAUCUCCUGCUGCAGGUGGUGAAAGCCACCAAGGAUGAGGCAAAAAAGCACCGCUACCGGCAGAAGAUCUCCGAGUAUAUGACCAGAGCCGAAGACAUUAAAAAACACAUCGAGAAAGAGAAACAAGAUGGCAAAUACCAUAAGCAAAUCAGGAUAGAGGAAAACGCAACAGGUUUUGGCUAUGAAAAGCUUUUCCAUGAGUACCUUACUGAGAUUGUUUCUGAAGUUUGGGUGGAGGACCCGUACAUUAGGCAUGUUCAUCAGUUGUAUAACUUUCUACGAUUCUGCGAGAUGCUAAUUAAGGGGCCGUGCAAAGUGAAAACAAUCCACCUCCUCACUUCCUGUGAUGAGGGUAGUGGGAGGAGUCAGCAGAUGAGUGGCUUGGAAGAAAUACAACAGUCAUUAAGGAAUUAUGGAGUAACACUGAAUAUUGAAUUUUCAUCUUCAAUACACGACCGAGAAAUCAGAUUCAACAAUGGAUGGAUGAUUAAGAUUGGAAGGGGUCUUGAUUAUUUUAAGAAACCACAGGGUCGUUUCAGCAUUGGAUACUGUGACUUUGACUUGCGACCUUGUCACGAAACAACAGUGGAUGUCUUUCACACUAAACACACAAAGAAAAUGUAGUCAGAUAUGACUGCUUUUAAUAAGUGUAUUCAGAAGCAUAAAAAUAUAGGACGGGAAGAUGUCGCUUGAGUCCAGCUGCCCACCCUCAGAAGCAACUCUUCCAAGUACUUAGAGCAGCAUUGCUUCUAUAAUCUAUAGUUUUAAGAGUACUUGAGGCUUUUGAGUCUAAGAAAACACAACUGUAAAUUCCUUCACUUUACUUCUUCUGUAAUCUCAAUUAAUACAAUCCAUGUCUAAAUUUUAUCUUGAUUGCAUAACAGACCCUCAAUAUUGUCUUUUAAAAGCCUCUUUACUGUAAUUUCUAUUUUUACUACUGAUUUUGUCUUGAGGCAAUUUUGGGGUUUAUAUCUGUAACUGACCACCUCACAAACAUUGGAAGCUGGGCUGCCACAUAUCCUCUUUUAUAAGCAGUCUUAUUUACUUAUUUACUUAUUUACUUCCUUUAAUUCCUGUAUUCUAGUCAUGACUACUAUUCUGCUGGGUUUUAGUCAAUCUUGUAAUACCUUAUUUCACAGACUUUACUAGUAACCCCAAAUUUAACAUUCCAUUUUCCAACCCUCUUGCCUACAAAAGUUUUAGUGUCCAGUAUACAGUCAUUUUUAGGGUUGCCUUUUGUGUCUCUGCAUGAUGGAUUUUGGACUAGGAAGGCUGCAAACAGCUAUAUUGUCUUCCCUGUCACUCCCAUAUGUACUUUUAUUCCAUGAUGUAUGGUCAUAUACCUGAUUUCCAUCCUUUGCAUUAGGUGUGGAAAGGAUAUGUGAUCCUCUCCCAGUCUUAUUCUCUGACUUCAAAGUCCAACGACUGGCUACUCAUGCCAGUCUCAACUGCAUUUUUCCCUACUACUACGGUAGUCCCCUAAAAAAACCCAAAUUUAUUUUUAAGCUCUUUCAAAAGUUGGAUAGCCUGAAUAGCUCAGUUGGUCAGAGCAUGGUGUUAAUAACACACUGUGGGUUCAAUCCCCAUACAGGCUGCUCACUUUAGAGUUGGACUUGCUGAUCCUUGUGGGUCCCAUCCAAGUCAGAAUAUUCUGGGAUUCUAAGGAAUAUGCUAUUUGGAGUAAAGACAAAGUCUUUCCUUGACAUUCCUUCAUCCUUUGGAAACCAGAAGGUAUUACCUGAGCUGCUUUUUCUUCUUUAACAAGAGUUCUUCCUUAGCAAGAAUCCACCAAAGUCAUGUGUUCUGACAUGAAAAACAGGCAGUGGCCUCUUUUGCAGGUCCCAUCAAAAUCUUUUCAGCCUCAGGACUAAUAGGUGCCUUAUGCUUUCUGCUCCUGUAAUGCAGUAGGCCUCUGUAUUCUAGUAGCAUGUUUAUAGAUGUAUUCCAUUAUACUUUUUUUUAUGUUAAUGUGCUUUGUUAUUUUAUUUUCUGUCAUCUUAUGCUGCUAUUCUUUUCCUCUUGCCUAUAACAACAAAUCUGUUCCACAGAAAUCAAGAAGAAAUGGAGCUGGUCUCUACCUUAUUUUCUGGGUCACAAUUUGCCAGUGGUUUGCCUUCUUUACCCUUUCUCAUAGUAAUCUCUCGGCUUUGGAAUGUUACAUCAGCAAAAUGAAUAAUAUAUGUGCCACAGAGCUGUGUGCUACUAGUUGUUCCCCCAAACAUUCCAUAGAAGCUCCCUGGCUUGCUGCUGUGAUACUAGUUUUCUAGUCACUGUUGUGAAUUUUAUUCAGUUGUGUAUAAUAUAUGCCUAUUUUUAAUGGGAAUAAAGAAUAUUUUUUAUUAUUUGUAGUUUUAGCCAUCUGUUUGACUUCUUCACUGCAUAGGGUAAUUCAGGGAAGCUGGGUAAUGCCUCAAGGAUCCAGCCAUAUUUGGGAGAAGGCUCACUGUAAAUAGAGUAAACUUCCCAAAUGUGAAGCUUUCUGUCUUUUAACCUAGUUCAGCAAUUUCAGACAGAAACAAAAUAAAGGGCUUUUUCUUCUAAUAAUUCACUAGCUAAGACCACGGCUUUCCUUGCAGAUCCCAUGGAUAUGCAGUAUCUGUACAUAUGUACAAGUAAGCCUUUAGUGACCUACCACUUGGUGCUGCACUGAAAUUUGUAUUUAUAAGCCCUUUAUCUCUGAACAGUUCCUUGUGCUGUCAGUAGGAACUCCAUCUAUGAAGAGCAGUGGGCAUCAAGGAAUAGAAAAAAACAACAAGCUAUCAGAGAAAUCUGAGAGUACAGUUCUGCAAUCAUUGACUCCAAGCCACAUUCUUCUGUGUUGCUGCUCACACGGAUGCAGUCAGGUCAUCACCUGGAUUAUGCAGCCACAACUGUCCCUCCUGGCAUCAUCUGUGGAGAUGAGCUUAAGCCACCUUCCCUCCUGGACUCAGCCCUACAGUCAGUCCCAGCUGAGGGCUGGAUUCACCUGCACUGACUGUACUCCUUAACUAAAGGUAGGUCACUUCUGAUAUGUAAUUUCCUCCUCAUGAGAGCUGGUCAACCACUCAUCUUUUUAAGAUGCCAGCAGUGUAGAAAUAACAUAGCAAUAUCUUAUAGGCCUUUGCAGGCAUCACUUUUUAAGUAUUUGCCGCUGUCUCAUCUGGGCAUCAUUAUUUAAUUAACUGCUGCUGUUCUGACCUGACCAAAAUUGCAUUCCAGUUACUCUGUGACAGCAUGCAGUGCUGUGACUUCGAUUCACAUGUUCUGCUUGGCCUGGGAGGACUGUAGACUGAUCCCUGCUGAAACCCCCCUGGUGCCACUUAGAAAGGUAAGGGACAUUUUAAAGUCCUUACUGGAGGUUCAGCUGAGGAUUUUCUAUAUGGACAACAAGGACACUGGAAAUCAGAAUGUCCUUACAGACCUACCUGUAAGCCUUCUGAGUCUUUGUCCAAUAGUUAUGCUAACUUUUCAUCCAACUUUCCCUUCAUGGCACGGGCUUGGAAAUGUGAUUAGGACAGCCCCAAGAACAUAAACAUCACUGCUUCUUUACUUUCUUGAGGCCAGACUGAUCUUUAUUUAUCUUGCCCUAUUAACAGCAAAACUGUUUCUUGCCUAAUUGAUACUGGCAUUUCUCAAUCGAUUUUAUAUCCACCUCUGUUUUUCCUGCAGUUUCCUUAUAUACAGAAGUAGUAAACCGUAUUGGUAUUUCAGGGCAACACAUAAGUCAUCUAGUAACAAGCUCUUUGUAACUAUCUGUCUCAUUUCUGGAUACCAUGGUUUUAUUUUAAUUCCUACCAGUCUGGUUAACCUUCUGGGAAAAGACUUAGGUAAAUUGGGUUGUGCUUAUAUAUUGUGCUGAAUGGAAUUUACCUUGAUGUGCUCACACCUUGAUAGGGUGAAUUUAUAGCUUUUUUUGCUUGAUGAACCUCCCACUUCAAAUUUAACUGACUCUACUAUGCAACAGCAGCUUGGUGAAGAAAGAGCUGUGUAAUAUAAAGGUACAUAAACUCUGUAACUACCUCAUUUGGAGACUUCACAUCAGUGGAGUCUGUCACUGCUACACUGGGUUCUCUCCUACA